UUUCAAAUUUUGGUGUAUACAAUAAAGUUGAUUGAAACACAUGAUAGUGUUUUGUUAUUUUUUAAAUGUAAUUUAUCAUCAUGAAAAAUCACGAUAUUAUAUGAAUUUCAGUGAUUCUUUUAACGAAUUAUAUUUGUAUAAAAUAUAAUGUUGAUCUACCCUUGGUUUAUGCAGAUAGGGUUAUAAGCGAAAUAAUCAAUAAGUUCAUACAUGGAAAAUUCGAUUAUCUACUACACUUAGUAUACUUAGGUAUAUUUAGAUACAAUACAAUACCAUGGUAUAAGUUUGUUUCUUAUUAUUCGAUCAGCUUUUCUAAUUAUUCUGCAUUGAAUUUUCUAUGAACGUAUGGAGCUGUUUAAAGCUCUAAGUUUCUUCAGUAGAGGAAAGUAUGAAGAAUGUGCAACAAUAUGCACAGACUUAUUAAGAAAAAAUCCAUUAGAUCAGGCUAUUUGGGUGUUAAAAAUGCGUGCCUUAACGUUACAAGUAUAUGUAGACGACAUUGAAGGCGAAGAAGAAGGAAUUGCUGAAAGUUUACUAGAUAACUAUACGAUAUCCUCCAUGCCUAGGCCAGGAACAUCCUUAAAAAACCCUGGUACAUCACAUAUAGGACAAUACCUUCGACCAAAAACACAGUCAGGGAGGCCACUGACAGGAGUUGCGAGACCAGCUACUCAAUCUGCAAUGUCUCAAUCUGUUGAGCAAACAUUAAGAACACCGAGAACUGCUAUGACUGCCAGACCGAUCACUGCAAGUUCUGGUCGAAGUGUUAGAUUAGGUACAGCAUCUAUGUUAACAGAGCCUGGAGGACCUUUUAUACAACUCUCACGUUUAAAUAUUUCCAAGUAUGCAAAUAAACCCAGUAUCGCGAAACCACUGUUCGAAUACAUAUAUUACCACGAACAUGAUGUAAGAUACGCACUAGAUUUGGCAGUUCAGGCAACGCAAGUGUGUCAGUAUAAAGACUGGUGGUGGAAAGUACAACUUGGAAAAUGUUAUUAUAAUUUAGGAUUAAUAAGAGAUGCAGAGCAGCAAUUUAAGUCGGCAUUGAAAGAUUGUAAAUCCAUUGAAACGGUGUUGAGGCUUGUUAGAGUUUACAUUAGAUUGGAUCAGCCGUUGGCUGCUUUAGAUGUAUGUAAAAAAGGCCUUGAGUAUUUUCCUAACGAUGUAAAUAUUCUCACCGAAAUGGGCCGUGUAUUCGAUGGUCUGAAUAAUGCGAGCAUGUCGUUGAAAUAUUAUAAGAUCGUUGCUCAGGAAGAUGCUUCGCAUACAGAAGCGAUAGCUAGUAUCGGGAUGCAUCAUUUUUACAAUGAUCAACCAGAAUUGGCAUUACGUUACUACAGGCGAUUAUUACAAAUGGGUGUAUACAACGUAGAAUUGUUCAAUAAUCUUGGAUUGUGCUGUUUUUAUUCUCAACAAUACGACCAUGUUAUAUCGUGCUUUGAAAGAGCGCUUAAUCUCUCUACCGAUGAAAAUAUAGCUGACGUAUGGUAUAAUAUUUCUCACAUUGCUCUUACAGUAGGUGAUAUAACAAUGGCGGAAGAAUGUCUAAAGCUAGCUAUUAUAAGCGACAAUAGACAUGCUUUGGCAUACAAUAAUCUUGGUGUGAUAAAAAUACGUAAUGGAAAUCUAACAGCUGCGAGAACAUAUUUUCAUGCUGCAGCCAACAUUGCUAAUUUUAUUUACGAACCUCACUUUAAUAGUGCUUUCUUAGCCUAUGAUGUUGGAGAUCUUCAAACAUGUUACAUCGCGGUACAAAAGUCUUUGAGCGCGUAUCCUGCUCACUGUGAUAGCAAAAUCCUCCUCAAAAAAUUAGAAAGAUAUUUUUCUCACAUGUGAAGUUUCUGGUAAAGAGAAAGGAAUUUAGCCAAGUUAUACAAAAUGAUGUAUUUUAUUGAAUGUUUGAUUUUAAUUGUACAGACAACAUUAUGUACACAAUACAUAUAUGCAAAAAGUACAAA